UAACUCCAUCCUCAUGGUUGUCCACCAAACACGAGCUAUUAUACUCGCUGGUUCUGAGAAAUUUACUCAAAUUCUUUUCAGAAGCUCGCAAAUUGAAUUAGUAUCGGGCCUUGAUCUGUGAGGAUUCAGGUGAUGGUGCACCGCUUAGAAUUCCGGCAUCUCCAUGUCGACGGUGUUCAUCAUCAUCUUGUAAAGAAAGUUCCCCUCUCCCUUAUUCAUCGUCACUGAUUUCUCCCCUCGGACGCCCUCUUCCCCACUCCCACUCGUUGUUCUUCUCUUCCCCGCAAUUUCCCGGGCCGACGGCGACGGGGCCGGGGGCGGGGCGCAUAAAGCAAAGGGCAACUGCCUACUGGCACUGGAUUAGCGUCGAUUAAUUCCUCUUUUGUUCUUGGUUCGUCUACUUCCGCGCGCAAGAUCGGUCCGAGGCGCGGCGGCUAAUCCCGUCGGAAAAUCGAGGGUCCAACUGAAGCCGAUAUGCCCAACGUCAAGUCCGCCGCUGGUGCCGGUGCCAUCCCUGCCGGAUCCUCCGUCGGCGACGGCGAGGUGGAGGCAGGGUUCGCCAAGCUGCAGGGUGAGGAUUUCGAGUACUACAUGCAGACCUACUCCAUCAUGCUGGGCCGCAACAGCAAGAAAUCCACGGUGGAUGUGGAUCUCUCCAGCCUUGGUGGGGGGAUGAACAUCUCGCGCCACCACGCGCGGAUAUUCUACGACUUCCAGCGCCGCCGCUUCGCGCUGGAUGUCAUCGGCAAGAACGGCUGCCUGGUUGAGGGUGUCCUGCACCUCCCUGGGAACCCUCCUGUUAAGCUUGACUCGCAGGACCUCCUUCAGAUUGGAGACAAGAAGUUUUAUUUCCUCUUGCCCACGAGGUCUAUCUUUGCCUCGUUCGCUGCUCGGCAAGCCCCUGUUAUUCCUCCGCAGAUCCCGCCGCUAGCUUAUGCGCGGCCAGGGCACCCUCGUGUGUCCGAUUUCCAUGACCGCUUCUCUGAAGGUGAUUAUGGCCGGGACAGUGAUGACAUUGGGAAUGGUGUUGGGGAAGGUGGAAUGAAGGGCAAGCUGAAGAGAACCAAGAAGUCUCCCGGAGAUUUGGACAUCUAUGGUGGGCACAGAAUCAAUGUUGAAGCAAUAGGAACAUUGGGUGAAGACAACAGAUCAGAAAUAAGAUCAAGGGGUGACAAGGAUGUGGACAACCAGCACCUUCAAACGGAAGAGAAGGAAGUCGUGUCAUCUGUUGCGACUGUGUUAUCUGACCUCUGUGGCCCCGGAGAAUGGAUGCCUAUGAAAACACUCCAUACAGAGCUUAUGGACCAGUUUGGCAAUGUGUGGCACCACAGCAGGGUGCGGAAGUACCUGACGGCGGAUGACUGGUCGGUGAUAGAAGCCAAGGGGAGGCCAUGGUACGGGCUGCUGGGGCUGCUCAGGAAGUACCCGGAGCACUUCGUCAUCAACACGAAAUCCAAGGGCAGGGCGAUCUCGGAGUUCGUCUCGCUGGUUUCCUUGCUCUCCUGACCAGCGAGGUGAGGCUGUCCCCAAAGCUUUGCUUGGGUUUUGUUCUGCAUCCUUGCCGUCGCCGUCAGUCGGUCGGUUCGUUCAUGUCUGGAAGGUCGAGUGGCGUCCUGAUUUGCCUCUGCAGUUUUGCAUCAGUUAAAUGAACUUUGCUGUAAUGUACUGUACACCUGGCUGGUUUCCUCCGUGUUUUUUACCUGUAGCUCUGUAGUGUGGAGAAUGUUAUGCGGAAACAGGACUUAUAAGUAGUUUGCAGUUCGCUCCUCUUCA